UUAGUUGUGCCUGACUCAUUUGAUCGUAUGGAGAUUGCUAUCGCCCAUACCUUGUUUACAGAAGAUAAGCUCGACGAUAAGAGCAAGGACGAGUAUGGUUACUCAUUCUGGCUGUCCGUGUGCGCUCUAGUGCUGGCCGCUGCUGAUACCGUUAUCGCAGCCUUGACGGUGUAAGAUAAGCUCGACGAUAAGAGCAAAGACGAGUAUGGUUAUUCAUUCUGGCUGUCAGUGUGCGCUCUGGUGCUGGCUGCUGCUGAUACGGUAAUCGCAGCCUUGACGGUGUGUCUAGGAAAGAGGGGAUUCUAG